AUGUCUCGUAAACAUCUUAUUGAUUCAUUAGCUGAAAUAGGCAUAUUAAUUCCAACUAGUAUAAAAACUGAUGUAUUACGUCUGUUAUAUGAAACUAAUAUUAUCGAUGAACAAAAGAAAAAGAAGAAUAAACUUACAAUUGCAUCUGCAAUGACUAAAGUUCAUCAUAAUCAAGAUGCUGCAUCGGCUGAUGAUUCUUCCGAUGAUGAUACACAUCAAAUUGAUGAUGUUAAUAUUAAUUAUAACACAAUGACUCCAGCCGAUACACAAGAUGAUGAAGGAGACCAUAUUAUUGCUCGUCAACCAAAAAUAUCAACCGAAUGUUCUCAUCAAGCUGCAAUAACAAAUAACAUUAACAACAAUUCUGGUAAGCCGUUUACAUUGUUUUCGGCUCCAACAGCUGAAGAGAACUUACAUUCUGGACGUAGUGGUCUAUCUGUACGAGGAGACAGUGAUCUUGAAACUGUUCCGAAAGGUUUAAGAAAAGCUAUUAUUGAAGGUUAUAAUGUUAAUUUGGUUCGUCUUCUUCUUCCUCGAGACAACAAAAAAUAUAGUCGUAAUGAUGAUGAUGAUGAAGACAAAAAUGUUUAUCUUAAACAAAAGGAUGAUCCUCGUUUAGAUAAAAACCUUACUAUUCUUGAAUUUAUAUUAGCUUUUACACGUUAUUUAAAUAUCAUUUGUGAAGUUUUUCCUCUACGACGUCGUGAAUUAACAGCUUAUUUGUGUGAUAUAAUUCGUUUAUCUUCUCGGUUCGGCCAUCCUUUUUUCUAUCAUUACCAUCGUUUAUUUGCUCAAAAAGCUGAAACUCUCUUGCAAACACGUAACAUUUUGAUUGAUUGGUCCAAACGAGACCACGAUAUUUAUUUUAAUGUCUUCUCUGGAUUACGACCAAUUGUUUGUGAUUUAUGCCGAAGUCCAGACCACUCCACAUCUUUUUGUAAAAAAAUACUCAAUCGAGAUGAUUUAAUCGGAAAAAUGUUAUCGGAAAAUCACGAUUAUUUUCCAUUUUCAACAUCAUCGAAAGUUUCUUUUCGUCAAGCUUUAGGUAGUGAUGAUAUUAAGCAAGAUUCUGGUCCUACUUGUAAAUUUUAUAAUGGAGCUGGUUUCGGAAAAUGUGUUCAACCGAAUUGUCGUUUUCUUCAUUUACGUUCUCGUUGUCGAGUUACCAGUUGCUCUACGAGCAUUCCUCUAGUAGCAACUACGCCAAUUGAUAUCUGUCGAUUGGAGCAAGAAUUAGUUGGUCAUCCUGACAAGGAAUUUACUUCAUUCUUGUUAUCAGGCUUACGUGAAGGUUUUGAUACUGGUAUCUCCAACAUACCUAAUAAACCUUUAGAAUGCCCCAAUUUACGAUCAGCACGCUGUGAUCCUAAAAAUGUUACUCGUUUAGUGGCAGAAGAACUUAACAAAGGUUUCUUAAUCGGUCCAUACAACUCUCCACCUUUUAUUAAUUAUCGAAUAAAUCCUAUUGGUUUGGUUGAAUCGAAAUAUUCAAAAAAGAAACGUUUAAUUGUUGAUUUAUCUGCUCCUCAUAAUGAUAAAGACCAUCCAAGUAUUAAUUCUUUAAUCGAUAAAGAUUCCUAUUCUCUAUCAUAUGUUACUGUUGAUGAUGCUAUUAAAAGUAUUCAGCAAUUAGGAAAGGGUGCCUGGAUGAAUAAAGCUGAUAUUCAAGAUGCUUUUAAAUUGCUUCCCAUUAAACCAUCUCUAUGGCCCUUCUACGGCAUUAAGUGGAAUAAUUAUUAUUAUUUCUUUGUACGCUUACCAUUUGGUUCGCGUAGUUCACCUAAAUUAUUUGACAUGCUAAGUGAAGCUAUUGUUUGGAUUGCUAAACAUAAUUAUGGUAUUAAAAACAUGUUACAUUUAUUGGAUGACUUUUUUGUAGUAGACAGUCCCGAUGACGGUGGAGAACGAACAUCUGCCAUUAUUAGUUUUAUUUUCAAUCGGCUUAAAAUUCCUUUAUCAGUAAAUAAAACCGUCGGUCCUGUUCAAGAAAUUGAAUAUUUAGGUAUUAUUCUUGAUUCAAAUCGAAUGGAGGCGAGGUUACCUCAAGAAAAAGUAUUACGUAUCAUGGAAAUGAUUAGUUCUUUACUUAAUCGACGUAAAUGUAAAAAACGUGAAUUACUAGUUAUCCUAGGUCACAUGUCAUUUGCAUCAAGGGUUGUUAUUCCAGGCAGAACAUUUGUUCAUUAUUUAUUCAACUUGACCACUUAUGUCCGAUCUCUAGAAUCACAUAUUACCAUUAAUCGGCAAGCCCAACUCGAACUAACAAUGUAG